AAUAUGUCGGCGUACGAGGCGAAGGUUUAGAUAAUGAAAUUUUAUGAAAACAUUUUGGCGACACUGUUUUGUGGAGCUGUAGAUAUGAUUGUUUUUGUUUACGAAAAUGCGAUGUGUCAGUAUUUUACGAAUUCUUUAAUAUAAUGGCAUCGGUAAAUGCGUCAAACGAUGAUUCGCUAAGUUGGGUUGAAUUUUGUGAAAAAUAUGCAAAAAUUGCAGCAUCGGACUUUGCGAAAGCAUUUUGUGCCUAUUUACGUGGUAAUAUAUCAGAGGAUGCUAGGACAACAGUGGCGCGCAGUGAUUUCGUUAGAAAGUUUGUAGAUAUUUUUGUUGAACAUUUUGAAGCGGAGUAUUCUAAAAAACACCCUUACAACCGAGAAAAUGAAAAAAUCACCAAUGGUAUACAAGAAAGUGUGAAUUUGAAUCGUAAUGUAUUAGGUAAUAGUAACGAUGAAUUUAGUGAUUACUCGGAACAUGAAGGUGAUUCUCCUUCGCCAAAAAUUCAACAGAAAACAUUUUUUAGGAGACUUUCUUUUAAGGGUCUUACCAAGGGUAAAGGUUUGUUCCAUAAACAGCAUUCGGAUGAAGUAGAGUUGUCUUCCCAUCGUACUAACAAACAUUCAAAAUAUAACAAACAUUCGAAAACGAAAUUAGCGAAAAUUGUUGUUGAAUGUAGGAAAGAAGGGAUUGUAAAUUAUUUAAUAGGUGAAAACAUGGAUGGAACCCAGAAGUGGGAGAAAUGUCGUCUUGCUCUAGUUAAGACUGUUGGUGGUUACAUGCUUGAAUUUUACUCCCCGCUUAAGAUAAUGGCACCUCGCAAAAAGUUAACACACGAAGAAAAAUUAGAGAAGAAGCAUCAAGCAGAGAGAUUACGCUAUCAAAAAAUUAAAAAUAAUCUGGAAAAGUAUAAAUUACAACAACAUAAAGAAAAGGAAAAAAAUUUAAAAAAGGAGAAAGCAAUCAUCAAAACUGUCGACCAAAUGACUCCCAGACUCAAAAUAUGGAAGAAGAAAGCAAGAGAGCAUAGGAAACGACUUGCUAUUGAAAAUAUUACGAAUGUCCCGGUAUCUCCAUCAACUACGGAAGAUGAUGUUCAAAUACAGCAAAAGAGUUCUUACAGAAGAAUUAUAGCUGCUAAAAUUAAAUCAGACCAAGCUAGAAGACAAAGAUAUUUAAAUAAAAAAAAAUGAGAAACUACAAAAUCUAAAGACUAAAUUGUCAUAUUACAAGAAAAGAUUACAAAUAUUAAAAAAGACUAAAGAAAUUUCUCCCAACAGCAAAGUUGAACAAGUGAUGAAUUCUCCAAGGGCCAGAAACACAAUUAAGAAAAAAAUUACUGUUUGCAGAAGUGCUUAACUGACAAUUAAAUGAAAAUUAUUCUGUUCUAUCAAGUGAAAUGGAAACAAGAAUUUUUAAAAGAGUUAUAAGUGGGGAUUUAGCAAAUAAAAAAUGAAAACUUUGAAAAUAAUUAGACAAGUAUAAAUGACGGAAAAGAAACGUAAAUUAAAAGAAAACUAUGAAAUAAUGAAGAAGAAAGUUGAAGAUUAUUUUAAUACAAGAUUAUGCUCUGGCAAGAAAGAUUAUGUAACGAAGAAAGGAGACCACAAACAAAAGAGAAUUCUUUUGGAUACUUUAAGCAAGUCUUUCAUGGAGAAGUGCAGUAUCACAAUUUCAUAUUCUUUAUUCUGUCGCCUCAAGCCAUUUUGGACCGAAUUGCGACAAAUGUAACACAUGUGUCUGUAUUACUCAUGCUAAUUUGGAUUUGAUUCUUACGGUUCUAUUCCAAGCCAAAAUUAUAUCUGUAUCAAAUGAUCAAAAUCUACUUACUAUAAUUUGUUGUAGCAGGUAUAACGAUCAAUGUCUUAUGCGAGAAUGCGCAACUUGCAAAAAUAAAGGAUUUGAAUACCAAUAAUUUGAUAAUAGUAUUCAAAUUGUCUAUCGAAAGUGGGAAUCUGUCUCUGAAAACAUAACGGAUCCCAAAACGCAUAAGACAAGAAAGGUAACAAAGUAUAUGAAAAAGUCUAUCCAGAUUUAUUCUCGUGAUUUAAUCAUUCAGUUAGAAAAUAAUUUGAAUACUUUCCUUCACCAUGAACGAAACAUCGUGCACUAGCAUUCUGCCUUCAUGAUUAAAAAAACGAAUUUGACAGAUAAAGAAGCUGUGAUUCACAUGGACUUCAGUGAGAACUACUCAGGCAAUCCGUUUUAGAGGUUCGCAUCAACAGAUAAGUCUGCACACGGUUGUAACUUACACGAAAGAGGAGGCAUCAGAAGAAAUAAAUCUAUAUCACAAAAUUUGUUACAUUUGCCUCCAGCUAUAUGGGCACAUUUACAGCCAACUUUUGAUGGCUUACCACCUGAAGUAGAAACCUUGCAUUUUUGGAGCGAUGGACUGGUAACACAAUAUCGCAACAAAUUCAUGUUUUACUGUCUUGUCACUCAUUUAACAGAAUUUUACCGUAACCUAGUAAGCUUUACUUGGAAUUACCAUGAAACCGGACAUGGUAAGGGGGCUCCUGAUGGUAUCGGUGCUGUCUGUAAGAGAUUAACAGACCGAUUGGUAGCUAGUGGCAGUGAUAGCAUCUCUGUGCGAUUUGGCAAAUGGUAUCAAGAAAAACUCUUCUAGCAUAAAUGUUCUACUUAUUGAUGACAAAAGUAUUGAAGAGAAAGAAGCUUUGAUUGCUGGUGCAAAACAAAAACUAAAAACUUUUCUUGGUAAUUUACGUGUCCAUCAGGUGUCAUGGGACAUUGAGAAUCCAAACAAGUUGAAAAUGAAGUCUUUAAGCUGCUUUUGCAAUGACUAUAAAAAUGUAAAGACUUCAACAUUGGUGUUAUGACAUCUCAAAAAAAAAAUCGUCUCCGAGUUGAGGAUUUUUACGGGUCGAAUUCAGAGUCUAAAAAUGAAGAAGAAAAUUCACCUGACAAUGAAGAAAUUAUUACACCAACAAAUGACAGACAUCAGACAGAGGAUGAACAACAGCCAUCAACAUCCAAGGAAACAUUGAAGAACGGCGACUUCAUUUUAGUCAAACUACUGUCAAAAAAUAAAAAGAGUACCGUUACAUGGCUAUAUGUACAGGUUUGAAAGAAGAUGAGAUGCGAGUAAUUUUCUGUAAAGUAGGGGACAAAACUGGAACAUUAUUCAAACUUUAUGAAAAAGAUAACUUCAUUUGUCUCAAAUGACCAGAUUAUCCAAAUACUCCCAACACCAAAUCUUAUUUUGAAAGGGCAAAGGGUGUUCUACUCCUUUGAAAAUUCAUUGGCUGUGUUUGGGAAAGCUAAAGCAUAUUUUAAUAAAUGCCUUUUAAUUAGUUAUGCUAUUUUUUAUUAUUUUAUAUCUUGAAUAAAAUUUGCAGAUUUAAUUAAUGGCAGGUUAAGUAUAAGUAUAGAUAAUAUGAUAAUUAUUCUUAUUAUCACAUGUCUGAUUAUUACUUAAAAGGAGCUAGUCUAUUUAUUUCGUAUUGAUAAAAGAAUCCAUUAUAUUUUGUUGAAGGUUUUAGAUUUAAAAGAAAAGGCUGUAUUAUAAAAAUGAUACUCAGAUUUUAAGUUAAGUACAAUGUUUAUAAAAUGUUGUUUAUUCCACAGAAGAGGCUAGUCUUCUUAAUCAUAAUUGAUGAUUAAGAAUAUUUUAUUGUUUGUUGAAAGUACGAUGUCACUUAUUACUUAAAGUACAUUUAUUUGUUGUCAAAGACACUAAAGAAGCUCUAGUUUCACAUUAAAACAAAGAAUAUAAUAUAAAAAAUAAUAGUCUUAUUGUAAGUUGAGUACAAUGUUUAAUAAAAUUAAAUUUUAAUAAUUUUUUUAUGAUGUUAAAUCUUUCCUCUGAUCAGAAAAGUAUCUACCCUGGUCUUAAUGUCGUUACCCUGCCUUAUGUAUUUACCCUGGCAUUAUAAAAAAUAACUAAAAAUGUAUAGAUUGACUUGCCCUUCUGUAAAUAUAUACUUAAAAGGGAUUAAAGUCGUAAUAUACGUUAAAAUAAAAUCCAUAAUAUAUCCUUGGCCGGACCCCUUAUGUAUUUUGUACAGCCUACUGUAGACUGACCCAUUUAUUGAUUUUUAAUGGAUUGAAUAAUAUUUUUCUCUUGUGUAGACCUUUUAAACUAGUGACAUUUCAUUAAAAUAAUUUGGUUAUAAGAUUAAUUAGGCUUGGUCAUUCCAUGUCAAGUCACCCAGGUCAUGACACCCACCUCCUCAGAUUUUGAUGAAACUUGGCACAAUUGAUUCUAUUAAUAUUCUGAAAACACCUGAAAAUUUUUUCUAACAUUUAUAGUUCUAUUUUUUAUUUAUAAAAAUUUUAAUUUGGUGAUACCUGAAGCCUCAGAAAUUACACCUUUAACGUACACUCACAACUUCGAAAAUAUUUGUUUUAAAAAGUAUUCAUGAUAUCAUCAUGAAAUUUGGAGGUAGUUUGUGUGUUAAACAUAAAAGCAGAGGAAAAUGCUCAUAUAAACCUAUAUCAUUCCCUCAAAAAUUUAAAAUUUUUAAUAUAUUUUCUUUUCGAAUUUAUGAACUUGUGUUAGGUUUUACAAAAUCCAAUGAUAGAAUUAUAAAAUUUGAUUCAUAAAUACUCUUAAAUAUACAUCCUAUUAGAUAAUUAAAAAAUAUAGUUUGUAACAAGUCACAAUCAUGCCCAGCUAAGAUGGCGACUGUUCCUUGCAAACAUAACGUCUGAAGAAAUCUCUCAACUACUGUUGCAGGUAAUUGGGUACUUGUUAAUUGACUUGAAACUGUUAAUGAAAACUAUAAAAUAAAAAUAUCUGAAAUGAAUUUCUACUUUUAUUCUUCUCUUGACAAUAGACUUUUUUCAUGUUCUUUACAUGAUAGGUUCGACAGACAACUCUCACUUUUGCCAAUUGUUACUCACUAUUGUGUGCCUUUACAAAAUAAUAUCCCUAGCCACUCCGUCUUCUAGGUGCAAAGAUAUGGGAAAUAAAUCCCGGCGGACCAGCAGACAAUUCAGUCCUAUGCCACAUGUCUGGGGCCUACACAUUCUAAAUAAAAUAUCUGAAAAAUUGAUGAAAAACUAAGGUUGACAUUUAACUGCGGCACGGCCCCGGCACCCAUACAUUUAUGAAAUUGCCAGCCCUUAAGCACUUGUAAUAUACAAUUUGUUACCGAUGAAACUCAGCACAGUACAAAACCCAUUGGAAAAUUAUUUUACUGGGGACUUCCCCGAGAAGCUGCCUUGCUAUUGGCUAUACAUAUUAUUCUUACAUCUAUUAUUCAGUGGUUCCUCUCUGAGGACUUCCCCUAGUUCUCUCACACAUCUCUGUUCUCUGUCUCUUUCUUAUUGCACAAACCCUGUUCUUUCUUUAUUUUUACCUACGUCACAACCACACCAUGAAUCAUAUACAAAAAAUUAUCAUAAAAAGAACAUUUAAAUGCAUUAAAAUACUGAAAAUCACAUUUACAUAAAUAAUAAUUAAGCCAACAAAAUGAAAACAAGUACAAAUCUAGUUAAAAGACUUUUCUAAAUAAAAUAACUAAAUAUCGAAAUUACUUAGAAUAAUUAUUAAAAGUGAUAACCUCCAAGUAAAACUAGGUUACUAUGACCUUGAAACCAUGUUAUAAGCUGAAUUACUGCAUUACUGAGAAGUAUCAUAGCAUAAACUUAUUAUGCUCAACUGGGGUUGGGUGGGUAUAGGGUGGUGUCUUGCAAUGUACAAGUUGGCUUAUUAACUGAUUGAGGUGUGUCUACUAUAUUGUAGAUGUAGGCAAUAUCCACAAAUCUUCUCUUUGAGGCUAAUAAAAAGAUACAGCUGGUCCUGAAGAGUAGAUAAAAAGAAAAUCUGCAUCUUCUUCAUUGAAGAUAGUUUUUACUAUACCAAAA